CAGAGGCAGUUCCAAGAGAAGAUGGAAUCGACUAUGAAUAAUUCUUACGAUUUCAAUCAACAAAGCUCAUGUAAUGGACUUCCAUCGGAGAAGAAGAACAACUUCCUUGUCUCAGAAGAUCAUGGACAGAAAAUUUUAAAUGUACUACAGAAUUUUAGAGAACAAAAUAUCUUUUAUGAUUUUAAAAUAAUCAUGAAGGAUGAAAUAAUCCCAUGCCAUCGUUGUGUGUUAGCAGCCUGCAGUGACUUUUUCAGGGCUAUGUUUGAAGUCAACAUGAAAGAAAGAGAUGAUGGAAGUGUUACCAUUACUAAUUUAUCCUCUAAAGCAGUAAAAGCAUUUCUUGAUUAUGCCUAUACAGGAAAAACAAAGAUAACAGAUGACAAUGUGGAAAUGUUCUUCCAACUGUCAUCAUUUCUUCAGGUUUCCUUCCUAUCCAAAGCUUGCAGUGACUUUUUAAUAAAAAGCAUUAAUCUUGUCAAUUGUUUACAGUUGUUAUCUUUAUCAGAUAGCUAUGGAUCUAUGCAUUUGUUUGAUCAUGCAUUAUAUUUUGUACAGCAUCACUUUUCUUUAUUAUUUAAAUCCAAGGACUUUUUAGAAAUGAAUUUUGGUGUAUUGCAAAAAUGUCUGGAAUCAGACGAAUUGAAUGUUCCCGAAGAAGAAACUGUACUAAAAGUUGUCCUUAGUUGGACAAAACAUAACUUAGAAUCAAGGCAAAAGUAUCUGCCUCAUUUGAUUAAAAAAGUAAGAUUGCACCAGUUAUCUGAAGAGAUGCUUCAAGAAUGUUUGCUCAGUGAAGAGCCUUUACUCAGGAACACAAACUGUCUUGACAUCAUCCUGGAUGCCGUAAAGUCUGUGCAAAGUUCUAGUGGACUUUUCCCUGACGCUCGACCAUCCACAACUGAAAAAUACAUAUUCGUUCACAAAACUGAGGAAAACGGAGAAAGGCAGUUUACAUUUUGCUAUAAUAUUAAAAAUGAUUCGUGGAAAAUACUACCCCAGCCGCACCUGGUUGACUUGCCAGGAUCCAGCCUGUCAAGCUACGGGGAGAAAAUCUUUUUGACUGGAGGCUGCCGGGGAAGUUGCUGUAGAACGGUUCGACUUCACAUUGCAGAGUCUUACCACGAUGCCACCGAUCAGGCUUGGUGUUACUGUCCAGUCAAAAAUGACUUCUUCUUGGUAUCUACUAUGAAAACACCAAGAACCAUGCACACCUCCGUUAUGGCACUCAACCGAUUGUUUGUCAUUGGUGGUAAGACUAGGGGAGCUCAGGACAUUAAGAGCCUCUUAGACGUGGAAUCUUAUGACCCCCUUUCCAAAGAAUGGGUGUCGGUGAGCCCAUUACCCAGAGGCAUUUAUUACCCAGAGGCAAGCACAUGUCAGAAUAUCAUUUACGUUUUGGGGUCAGAGGUAGAAAUUACAGAUGCCUUCAAUCCAUCACUGGACUGUUUUUUUAAAUACAAUGCUUCAACGGACCAAUGGUCUGAGCUAGUAGCCGAGUUUGGGCAGUUCUUUCAUGCAACGCUAAUUAAGGCCGUCCCCGUCAACUGCACCUUGUACAUUUGUGACCUUUCUACCUAUAAGGUUUAUAGUUUUUGUCCAGAUACCUGUGUUUGGAAGGGUGAAGGAUCCUUCGAAUGCGCAGGCUUUAAUGCAGGUGCAGUUGGAAUCGAAGAUAAAAUUUAUAUCUUAGGUGGUGAUUAUGCACCAGAUGAAAUUACAGAUGAAGUCCAGGUCUACCACAGCAGCAGAUCUGAAUGGGAAGAAGUUUCCUCAAUGCCUAAAGCGUUAACUGAAUUUUAUUGCCAAGUGAUUCAGUUUAAUAAAUACAGAGACCCCUGGUUUUCCAAUCUUUUCUAAUAGCAGUGUGUGCUUAGGUAUUCUGAAAUUACUCCAGUCUCAGAGCCCUAUAAUAAGUUUGUUAAGCAUAAUAGUUGGUAAAGAAAAAAAAGGUCUUUACUUUAUAAAUAAGUAAAAUGCUCCUUCUCCUAGGGAAUUACUAUGAAUUUACACCAUUAUGAAUUAGGAUCUUACAGAAACAAAAUACAAAGUACAUCAUAUGAAAAGCCAUAUUGAAUAUAGUUUAAUCUCGAAUUCAGAAUAGCAUUUUUUGAAAAGGAAGCCCAUAGGCGUUGAUGUUUUGAUUUUUAAAGUAUUUUAUCCAUGAAAGACUUAAAGUAGUGAAUCAAAGUUUAUAGAUUUAUCCGCUGUAGAUAGAAGAAAUCUCUUUAGGUAGUAGAAUUAUUUAUGCUACAUUAUAUAAGUGGAAAAUAAAUUAAAAAGAGAUCAUAAUCCUGCUUUGUUACUAAAAGUAUAAAGAAGAGCUGCUUGUCUUAUCCUUUCUGGUUCUUGUAGGCUUCCUUUAAGCCCUUUCCCUAAUUUGUUUGAUCAGAUUUUUUUUCUAAAAGCAGUAUAUUUCCUGAGCCAUUUAAAUUGUAUUCUAAAAUGAUGUAAGAUUCAGUUUUCCUGGGGUUCGAGCAAUAGUACAGCAGGUAGGGUAUUUGGCCUUGCGCAUGCUCGACUUGGGUUCUAUCCCCAACACUGCAUAUUCCCCACCCUGAGCCUGCCAGGAAUGAACCCUAAGUGUAGAACCAGAAGUAUUCCCUGAGCACAGCCAGCUGUGACCCUCAAACAAGAACAAAACAAAACAAAAACAUAGAGCACUAGGAAAGAAGCAGAAGAUAUCAGGUUGAAUGCCAUAAUUCGAGCAACCGUUACUGAGAAUGCUUUUGAAUUUGAUGAUUGAGUUAGUUUUCAGAUUAUGUUUUGUUACAAUUUGUAUGCAUAUCUAUUUCAAUAUUUAUUUUCUGACCCAGGCUCAGUAAAUGAACAUCCUUAAUGUUAUUGGUAGUUUUAAAUUACACUUGGCCUGAGUUUAUCUUAGCAUGAAAUCAACUGAGUAAAGUUUCUGGAUUCUGAGAAGAUGGUCCUCAGUGGUCCUCAAGAUCUAUUCUGAUGUCAGGUCAAGCAUUAUUGAGGAUAUAGAAGGUCUGUCCUCCAGGUAAAUAGAUCAUUUUUUCACUUUCAUACUGAAAUUUCUAAAUUUAAAUAUCAACAAGAAAUGUCUGGGUUUAAAUCAGAUUACCAUCUCUAUUUUUA